AUGAUCGGAAUAUUUGAGAAAUUUGAAUUUAUUUCAUCUGCGUCAUUGACUGCAAAUAUAUCGAAAUUUUCAGAAAUCACAACAUACUACUUAUGAAGAGAGAAAGAGCAAUUAUUCUCAGAGUGAGACAAAUCUUGAAUACGUCAUAUGCAAACUGUAGGAAGCAGUCCAAUUUUCAGGGAAUUCGAGACUAAUAGUAUGGGCCUAUUUGGCUGACUUGAUUCAUUUUCCGAGGUAAGUAUAGAGUCAACCUACUUGGUGCCAUUUUUGUAAUGUACACAUUAUAUUUUGUUUUCUGAUUUCUUGGUGAUUAUAAUUUUGACUAUGUAGAAAACGCCCCCCAAAACAUGAUUAAGCCUAGUUGAAGAUUUUUCCGGCAACGUGGCAUCUAUGCCGCAACUUCUCCGCGGUCACACCGUGGAAGGGAUGUUGGGAGUUUUCCGACACACCCCUCAGCGUCUCGCCACAACCCUCUGUAACUCCGAUGCAGUAGUGUUUAUCUCGAGUUCGAACUUGAAGGAUGGUGUAGUGGAAUCACGUGAGAUAGACUAUCUCGAGAGUAGUUGUAGAUUUGUAUCCAAAAGUUCAGGAGAUCAUCAGAAAAGUGGCGAAGUUCGAGGGCAAGUUGUUUUCCGCCGUGAAUAAUUUUUUUUCUAGCUCACCUCUGGUGAGCCAGAUCAAGGAUUUGAUGACCAGACAAUGCACCCAGCAGGAUGAACCGCCCGAUAACAUUGACCCAUAUAGACACAACGAAAAUGAUGAUAUCACUACCACUUCUAUAGAAGAAGAAAAACCGAUAAUUUACGACAAAAAUCCCAGCUUCUCAAUGAGACAUCCGGCUGUAUCUCGGAGCCAAAUGAAGGAAUUUCGAGAAGCUUUUAGGCUCUUUGACAAAGACGGCGACGGAAGUAUAACAAAAGAGGAACUUGGAAGGGUGAUGAGAUCCUUGGGUCAAUUUGCUCGUACAGAAGAAUUGCAACAGAUGUUACAAGAGGUCGAUGUCGACGGCGAUGGAAACGUGAGUUUCGAAGAGUUCGUGGACAUCGCAUGGUCUGCUUCAGCUGGUUCCGAUCCAGACCAUGUUCAGUCCAGAGAAGAAGAAGAAAAGGAACUAAGGGAUGCUUUCAGAGUUUUCGACAAACACAACAGAGGAUACAUCACAGCAUCGGACCUCAGAGCCGUCCUUCAGUGCUUAGGCGAAGAUUUGUCUGAAGAAGAAAUUGAAGAUAUGAUCAAGGAAGUAGACGUGGAUGGAGAUGGACGCAUUGAUUUCUAUGAAUUCGUCAACGCCCUGGGAGAACCUGGCACAGAAGACAGCUAUGAUGAUGAGGACGAAGACAUCAUUGGUUACUAAUUAUUAUUUAAGAAUGUUGCAUGUUAUAUAUCGCUUAAAAAUAUUAUAUAUUUCAUGUUUGUAAGCUAGAUUAUAUUUAUUGUUAAUGUCACUCUAUUGCCAUAAAUGUAUUUUUUUUGAUAAAUCCAAAAAUUUAUAGAGAAUUCCUAUAUCUAUUUGCUGAUAUGCUACUUUUAUUGCUGUGAUGCAAUUUUGUGCCCUAUAUUAUUCUAUAUAUUAUACAUAAUUAAAUAUUCUUGGUACAUGUUUAUUUGGUAGCUGGUUCUACAAUUUUGAAAAUACGUAUCUACUUAUGAAUUUCCCUUAAUAUUAAAUACGAUUUUUUUAUUAUACGAGUAUGAUAUACUUAACCUGUAUUAGACCAUUUUCGUUGAAAAUUAAAUUGAAUUUAUGAAAUACAUAUUUAUCAAGACACCUCACAAGUCUAUAUGAUGGUAAGCUACAACUCCACGCAAAUAUAUAUAUAUAUAUAAGAUAUUUUAUAAAUUGAUAAUAUAUAUUGUCUUUUUACAAGCUGAACUGUUUUCUCAUGUCAACUAUUUUUUCCUCUCCUUCUACAUAUUGUCGCUUUUUAGUCACUCGCUUCUAGUGGUACACGUAUAAUCUUGAAAGAUUAUAUUUUUCAAUGCUGCUCAAGCACUUCAUCCUUCUUUUAAUAUACCGUACUGCUGAACGAAAAAUCAAAUUAUUUCAUAUAUCACAACAACGUCCUUAAAAAGGGUCAAAUCAUACUCAAAUCAUACAGCCUUAUCCAGUGUGCUUGAAAACUCGUAUGGUCUAUUUUUGGACUCUUACUUUAUAUGUUUUAUUCUAUCAGUAAGCAUUUUAAUUGAAAAAUCUUGUACGUAUUGUUAUCUGAUUUCUAAAAGUGUGUUGUUCAUGAAUGUAUUAAUAUGCACGGUUUCCCAAUCCGUACUCUAAAUAAAUAAAGUAUUUCAAAAAACAUUUCCAUGUUAAUACAUUUUUUCUUGGAGUUGCGAGGAUCCUGAUAUUACGCUUUAAAUGUGAAUUGUAAAAAUAUUUGAAUGGUAAUAAAUGAAUAAUUGAUAAAA